GCAGGAAUUAUGUAAUUUAAUACUAGUGCAGAAGCAAUUAACAAUAUGGCUCGACUAUUCAAUAUGAUCACAUCCAUGCUGGUGGUUCUCCUUUUCCUACUUUCCACAUCUGUUGGGGAAACAACUGACGAGUUACAACAACAAAUUUACUUUAAAGACAUUAAAUGCGCCAAACUCUUCUAUGAACAAACCCCUGAUCACCAAGAUGAAACACGUAAUAAUUAUUUAGGAUGUCAAUCUGAACUAGGCGAUCUGGUAACAAGAUAUGUUCAAUUGAAAGCUACUUUGAACCAUAUGACCGAUUCCGCCUGGAUAAAGAAAGAGUAUAACAAAAAAGGAGGGGAAAUUUAUGAAUCAGAUGAUCUCGAGCAUUUUAAACUGAAGGUCCGCCAUGGCGAAGGAGAAACUUUUGUUGACGUUCCCAGGGAGUUGUACUUCAAACCCAAUCCUGAACCUGAAUCUGAACCCAAACCUGAACCUGGUCCUGUGAAGCUUGACAAGAAACCUCCCCAGUCUGAAACACACAUUACUUUCCCAACUGUUGAAAGAUUGAGGAAUCAACAAACUCAAUCAGGGUGGAAGAGCAGUCAGAAACCAACAGGAAGACGGUGGAAGUCUGUGUGGAAUUUAUUUUUUGGAUCAAAUUAAUCCAAAAACAAUAAAGUAACAUUAACAUGGUAAAACUAUA